AAUGUUUGUCUGUUCUAACCGUUCGAAGCGUUCCAAUAACACAAAGAAUGCGCAUCGUUUUUUUGUGGCCAGUAGGCAAAUCCUGUGAACAAUUGUAGGCAAAAGUGAACAAUUGAAGGCAAAAUGGUGCGAAAAAAUACGAAAAGAAAUAAAAAGAAAAAUGUUGCAAAAACCACCGAUUCUGACAUUUUUGACAACAUGCUCGGUUCGGAAGUUAGCCCUGAAUAUAAUAUCCCGUCGAGGUCACCACCAGCCCAAGAGUUUUCAAUCCUCACUGGGUCGCAAACUCCAACCAGCGCAUUGAACGUUCAAUCAAUGGCCGUAGUUGUAGACGGGAAUACCGUAACAGUUCCCUAUACAGCUGAAUCAACAAUUGAAAAUGCAAAUGAUGAGACAAGCUUGAGUCGGUCAUCCGUCUGUGACAAUGUCGACUAUCAAAAUGAAACUCCACUUGUUUCGAAUGCUAGUAAAACCAAUGUUUCGAAAAGGAAAACCACAACUGUGGCAAGAAGGAGUGCAGUUGAAACUGGCUCAAAAGCGUUACGGGAGAUCGCAAAGUAUCAAUCCAAUGGUGAUCUAUUGUUUCCAAAGCUUCCAUUCGCUCGGCUUAUCCGCGAGAUACUGCUCGAAUACAGCUGCAUGGAUUUGCGGAUAACCUCGGAAAGUUUGCUAUGCCUCCAGGAAGCAGCGGAAAUAUACGGCGUACAGCUGAUGGAAGAUGCUUUUCGAUGUACCAUACACCGCGAUCGGCAAACGUUGAUGCCCAAGGACAUGCGGCUAGCACUAAUGCUGCGCAAAGACAGUGUCAUGUACUGAAAUGUGCCUGCGGGGUUUGCUUAAUUUUACUUUUUUUUUAUUUCGGUUUAAUUUAUUUAUUGUAUUUGUAUUUAUAAAAUGUGAUUGUGAUGUUUUCAGAGUUAAUAAAACU